AUGCCGGACAUCUGUUAUCCGCAAGCCUUCCGAAGCAAGGGCGGUCAACCCGGCAAAGACCAUAUGCCUUGUGAGACGUGCAUUGGCGGCUACCAUGAGCAGUACCCGAUCGAGUUACUCAAGAACAACACUACUCCAUCUCCCUCUGUUGGACAAACCCACGACACCAUACUUCUGAGCGCCGACAUCGUCUACGACAAGGACAACAGCACCUUUGAUGAUAUCAUCCACAAAUCCCACGGUCAUGGCUUCUACAAUAAGGAAAUCGGUCAUUAUCACAUCGUGCCUGAUGAACUUAUCGAUCCCGUUCUCCUCCACUGGGAGGUUGAUCACAAGACGUCGACCAAUGGCCCUUCUAUCCCGAAGUUUGAUCCCAUUUUUCCCCAGGGCAACACCAAAACCGCUAUUGGCUUUGUCCUGAAUGACGCCACGAUCAACAACGCUCAUCCCUUAUUCGGUUCUCCCAAUUUUUUCAAUGCUGGUAACAUCAACAACACAACUCUCACCACGGUGACUUUUGCCGCCUGUGAGAAUCCCGCUUUCACAGCUUCAGUCGCUACUUCUGGCCAUCAUCCCGUCACUAAACCGGGCAGUGCUCACUGCAGCAACGCAAAGACUUCGAAAAAGACUAUCUCCAAGAGUAACAAAAAGCGUAAGACUGGCGCCAAGCAAGCGGGCUUCCCGAGGGUCCCCGGCAUGUGCUACGACUGCAGCGUUCGUCCAUUCUAG